AUGUUAGUAAAUAAUGAGAAUGUAAGAUCAGAAGAAGAAAAUGGUCGUAAACAAAUAAGAAAUGGGACGAUUGUCUAUAAGAUAGUGAAUUAUAUGUCAUCUUUAAUAGGUGGAAUUAAUGAUAAUAUGGGAAGAAAUAACCCAUGUAUUGGUAUUUUGAGUCCAAUGUCCCCAAUCAUGAUAACAGAUCACAAUAGGACAGUUGGAAAUACUAUGGUGCUGCCAAGUCCAGAGCCAAUAAUUCAUAUGAUUCCAAAUCAAAAUAUGAGAAACAAUAUGUUCUUUAACGUUUAUAAUGACAGAAAUUUGGUCAACCAAUUUGGACCUAGAGUUACUCCAUACACUAAUUUGAACAAUGGAUUACUAGCUAUUAGUCAGAAAGGUGAUCAAAUAGUUACUGGAAAUAUUUCACUCAUGAGCUCUCCCACUGGUAUGUGCUUCAAUUCUUCGAGAAAUAGACUGGCUAAUCCUAGAAGUUAUUUUUCAAGGUUAAGGAAUCCAAUAGGUGAAUGCGAAGCACUCGUCAAAUCACCAAUUAAUUCAUGUUUUAGUGGUCAUAUCAGUAAAGCUAAUGAUUCAUCUGUUACUGAAAUUCUUGUCUCUCCUGAACUUGCCCAAACACUUCAACAAAUGAUUUCAAUCAUUUCACACCAAAUAGAAAUUGAUGACUCCGAAAACUCUUUAACCCCAAAUAAAGUCAAAGGAUGUAUUAAGAUUAAUAGAUAUCAAAGAAUUAACAAGAAAAGUACAAUUGGAGGACUAAACUAUGCUCUUAUGAGUUAUUCAGCUAGUAUUAUUCAAAAACACUAUAGGAAUUUUGACAAUAAUAGAAUUGUAAGAUAUGUUAAUCCCAUUACUAGAAGUAAAUUUUCCAAAAAUCAAAUCAUGGAUGCAAUUCACGUAAUUCAAAGGUACUGGAGAAUAUAUAUUUAUCGUAAUCAGCUUAUGAGAGAGUUCUUGGUAAAAAGCGUUAUGACUGCCAGAAAUGUUGCAAGUUGUAAGAUUGCUUCUCUAUGGAAAGGAUACAAAACAAGAAAAUUUAUGGAUUCCAUUAUUAAAGAUGUAUACAUUAAAUGGAUUUGGAGUAAUGAUGGUACCAUUAGUAAAAAUCACUCUUUUGAGACUAACAGUACCCAAAGCUAUGAGUAUACUAAAUAUGAUGUUAAAUUAAGAGGGUCCUUCACCUGUAAACCUUGGCAAGAAUAUUUAAAACUCAAUUGGGACAGCCAGGAAAACUGCUUCCUUGUAAAUACUUGUCUUACAAAAGGAAUCCAUUACCUCCAAUUUAUAAUUAAUGAUGAAAUCAAAGCCUGUGGAAGUAUGGAGAUUGUAGUUCUACCCAUCAUUGGAGUCUCUAACAAAAUCAAUAUUGUUGGAGAAGCAUACAAAAGUUCACGUAAGUUUAUUUUAUUAUUUAAUAUACUAAUAAACUUCUUUUUUCCAUUUCAGUAA